CAGGGAAAAUGGCGCUGGCCAUGCUGGUCUUGGUGGUUUCGCCGUGGCCUGCGGCCCGGGGAGUGCUUCGAAACUACUGGGAGCGACUGCUGCGGAAGCUUCCGCAGAGCCGGCUGGGCUUUCCCAGUCCUCCGUGGGGACCAGCAUUAGCAGUACAGGGCCCAGCCAUGUUUACAGAGCCAGCAAAUGAUACCAGUGGAAGUAAAGAGAAUUCCAGCCUUUUGGACAGUAUCUUUUGGAUGGCAGCUCCCAAAAAUAGACGCACCAUUGAAGUUAACCGGUGUAGGAGAAGAAAUCCACAGAAGCUUAUUAAAGUUAAGAACAACAUAGACGUUUGUCCUGAAUGUGGUCACCUGAAACAGAAACAUGUCCUUUGUGCCUACUGCUAUGAAAAGGUGUGCAAGGAGACUGCAGAAAUCAGACGACAGAUAGGGAAGCAAGAAGGGGGCCCUUUUAAGGCUCCCACCAUAGAGACUGUGGUGCUGUACACGGGAGAGACACCGUCUGAACAAGAUCAGGGCAAGAGGAUCAUUGAACGAGACAGAAAGCGACCAUCCUGGUUCACCCAGAAUUGACACCAAAGAUGUUAAAAGGAUAACUUCACAGUAAAUCAUUUCUCCUGAAAUAGAGGAAGAUUCUUUAUGUUGUUGUGCUUGUUUUUAAAUCAUCAAUAUAGUUUAACACAUUCUUUCUAAGUAGUUUUGUGUGGGAUAAUUUGAAGAAUAUAUUAUGAGUAAACUCCGAAAAUUUUGUUUAUCCAAAGGCUCAAUGGAUUACGUUUCUAUUAUAUACAAGGUUUUAAGUAAACAUAAAAUUUCCAGAACAAAAAUAAAAAAUUUAAAAUUCAUAGCAAAAA